AUGGCAGUCAACAGGCAGCAGACGGGGAGGCUGUUGGAAGGGGAUUCUCUGGAGCUGAGCUGUAGUGCUGGUCCUGCAAAAGUGAUACUGGAGCCAAACCAAGUCGUGGUUUUGGACUGUAACCUGGCCCCUGUUGAGCAAGUGAUCAAUAUCACGUGGAAGAAGAAUGGGUUUCCAUUAGUGGAGCAGGAACAUCUCCACGUGCUUCCGAAUGGAUCACUCUUCAUCUCAUCACAGGCUGUGGCAAAGGACAGUAAAUAUCCUGAAAGGGCUGGCGCUGAGGGUAACUACUCCUGCGUGUCUCACAGCUCCCUAGGGGCUGUCACCAGUCAAACGGCUGCAGUCAGAUUUUCAACAUUAUCACGCUUUUUCCAACAGCCGGAGUCUCAGACAGUGGAAGAAAAUGGCAUGGCCCGAUUCGAGUGUCGGAUUGAAGGACUGCCCUCCCCUGUCAUCACGUGGGAGAAGGACCAUGAAGCUGUUCCAGCAGAACCCAGGUUUAUAACUCUUCCAAAUGGUGUUCUCCAAAUCGUGGAUGUGCGGGAGAGUGAUGCUGGGGCUUACCACUGCGUGGCAACCAACGCCGCCCGAAAACGCUACAGCAAUGAUGCAGUCCUCAGUGUCCUGAAAGGUUCCCAGCCAGCAGGAGGAGAUGUCACCAUCAUCGCUGCUCCGGAGAACACCACGGUGGUGGCUGGGGAGAGCGUGGUGAUGGAGUGCAUGGCAGCUGCUGAUCCCACCCCCUUCGUCUCCUGGAUACGACAGGAUGGAAAGCCUGUUUCCACAGAUGUGAUUGUGCUGGGCCGGACAAAUCUCCUCAUUCCUUCCAGCCAGCCCCAUCACUCAGGGGUGUACGUCUGCCGUGCUAACAAACCCCAGACCAGGCAGUUCGUUACAGCUGCAGCUGAGCUCCGGGUCCUUGCUACACCCAGCAUCUCCCAGGCUCCUGAAACCAUCUCACGCACCCGAGCCAGCACGGCACGGUUUGUCUGCAAGGCAGAGGGCGAGCCAGCCCCAACCAUUCACUGGCUGAAGAACGGCGAGGCCAUCCUCUCCAACGGGCGGGUGAAGGUGCAGAGCAGCGGGAGCCUUGUGAUUAAUCAGAUCGGGUUGGAGGAUGCUGGCUACUAUCAGUGCGUGGCCGAGAACAGCUUGGGCAUGGCUUGUGCCACUGCCAAGCUCUCGGUGAUUGUGCGAGAGGGUUUGCCCAGCGCUCCCAAGAAGGUGUCAGCCGUGUCCCUCUCCAGCACCACAGUCCUUGUGUCCUGGGAGCGGCCAGAGUACAACAGCGAGCAGAUCAUUGGCUUCUCAUUACAUUACCAGCGGGCUGUGGGAACAGAUAACGUGGAAUACCAGUUUGCUGUCAAUAAUGAUACCACUGAGCUGCAAGUCAAGGACCUAGAACCCAAUACCAACUAUGUAUUCUACGUGGUCGCGUAUUCUCAGCUCGGAGCCAGCCGGACAUCCUCUUCCAUCAUUGUUCAGACCCUGGAGGACGUUCCUAGUGCUGCCCCUCAGCUGUCCCUGUCGAGCAUGACUCCUGGUGACAUCCGUGUGACAUGGCUGCCUCCUCCUCCAGAGCUGAGUAAUGGCAGGAUAAUGAAGUACAAGAUUGACUACUGCACCCUCAAGGAAGAUCAGGUUACCUCCAUUGAAGUGGGUGGAAAUGAGACACAAAUCACUCUCUACUCGCUCCAUCCCAACAAAGUAUACAAAGUUCGCAUUGCAGCCAGCACCAGCGUGGGCUAUGGGGCCCCUUCGGAGUGGACCCAGCAUCGGACCCCUGACAGAGACAACCAGACGCAUGUUCCAUUUGCCCCGACAGAAUUAAAAGUCCAAGCAAAGAUGGAGUCUCUCCUGAUAACAUGGCAGCCCCCGGCCAACCAUGCCCAGAUAUCUGGCUACAAGCUCUACUACCGAGAAGUGGGCCCAGAGGAGUCCAGUGACGAAAGCCCUUUGGAUGGUGCUGAAGAUGAGACCUGGGACAUAGGACCCAUAAAACUAAAGAAGAAAGUGAAGCAGUACGAGCUGACUCGACUAGCUCCUGGGAAACUCUAUGAGGUGAAGCUGGUGGCAUUCAAUAAGCACGAAGAUGGUUAUGCAGUGGUUUGGAAGGGCAAAACAGAAAAGGCACCUGCAACAGCAGUAGAUCCCCCUGUGCAGAAGGGUCCUCCGCUGCCUCCAGUCCAAGUCUAUGCAGAGUCCAACAGCUCAACUUCCAUAUGGCUCAGAUGGAAGAAACCUGACUUCACAACAGUCAAAAUUGUCAACUACACUGUGCGCUUCAGCCCCUGGGGCCUGAAAAACGCCUCUCUUGUUACAUACUACACAAGCUCGGAUGAAGACAUUCUCAUUAGUGGGUUGAAGCCCUACACCAGGUAUGAGUUUGCAGUGCAGUCCAAUGGUGUCGGCAUCGAUGGGCCUUUCGGCAGCGUAAUCCCGAACUUGUCUCUGCCAGGUCCCUCGACUCCUCCGUCUGACCUGCGGCUGCACCCACUCAACCCCUACGCUGUCCAGGUGCACUGGUGUCCCCCUGUCGAGCCCAACGGUAUCAUUGUGGAGUACCUCAUUCUGUAUAACGCCAACAACACGCAGCCAGAUGACAUGUGGACCUUGCUGACGCGAGAAGGAAAUAUCUUCAGCACUGAAGUGCAUGGCCUGGAAAGUGAUACCAGAUACUUCUUCAAGAUGGGAGCAAAGACAGUCGUGGGAUCUGGUCCCUAUUCAAACGUUAAGGAUGUGCACACCCUCCGGGAGAAGUUGUCUGACGUCCUGGAUAUCCACUCUGUCACGGGAAUCAUUGUGGGAGUCUGCCUGGGGCUGCUCUGCAUACUCUUCUGCAUGUGUGCCAGCUUCCGCAACAGCAAGCAGAGGGAGGCCCUGCCAGGCCUGGAUUCCCAGGCAGCCGGCAACCACACUUACUACCACCGGAGCAGGCAAGGGGUGGCAGCUCCCAGUGCCACCUUGGACUCACAUGAGCUCGAGUCCCUCAUGUCCCCACUCCCAGAGGAUGCACCUGUGCCCCUGGGGGACAUCACAGAACUGACGGAAGUUCACAGCCUCAUACACACAAGCCUCCCUGAGGAUAUCAUCCAUGGGAAGAGGAAGUCUUCAUGGAAUAAAUCAGCCAACCAGCCCUGGACAAACAGCAUAGCCAGAUACGGGGACGCUAUCACGAAAGAGCCUCUCUCUGCUGUGAACGGAUCACUGAAGCUCCCUUCCAGUGCGGGACAGAAGCUUUUGUUACAAGCUCUGGUUUACGAUGCCGUGAUGAAUGAAGCAAAGAAAAGCUACCCGCCAGGCAGCCUCCACCAAGUGGAAGCAGAGGUCAUCGUCCAUUCUGAUUUUUCAGCCUCUGACAGAGACUACGGCUCCCAGCUGCACACUCUGGAGAGCGAAGAGACGGAAACCGAGGACCAGGAGCCUGAGGAGCUCCCCUCUGGAGAGCUGGCUCUUCCCAGCUCUCCCAGCACCCGGCAGGAUGCUAGCCAAACGUUGGUGGAUGGCACGGGCAAUUCUGAGGUUCAGGCCCAGGACGAGCUGUUUUGUACCGACAGAAAGACUAACAAAACAGAGGCCGUUGGCAUCUGUGGGCUCACCAAUGGCUUCCACAGGCACGGGGAAAGUCUGGAUUCAGUGGAGAGCGGAGAUUCGGACUCCAUCCAGGAAGGCAGGGGGGAUGUGCAGCCUAUCAAGUGCCAAUCGCUUUUCCCGGCCCCGGAGGAGGCCCCCCUCUGUAGUAACUCUGGUUUAACCAGUUCAUCCUCAGCAUCUGAGAACAUGGCAUGUGUCCACAAUCAUUAAAGAGUGAACUAAUCUGAUUUUGAUCAUGGGAGAGCUAGAAGCACUAGUAAGGGCCCGUCCCUGUGAGGUACUGCGUGCCCUCGACUCACUGAGCCCAGCAGGAGCUAAGGAGGUGCUGCAUCUCACCAGAACGGGAUUCGGACCUGUCAGCUGUACAUACUGCCUUCAAGAAAUCAGUAGGUAGGUUGGUGAGGCCCCAUCUUCUUCCCGCUGAAGCUGAUGAGUAACUUGGUUUUCCUGGGAGCAGGAUCGAGCCAUCUGCCAAAGUCUGACGUGAAACCACAGCUAGAACGGAGCCUUCUGCGUUAGACUGGGGCUGUCACUUCUCUGUAGUCCUCGAGGCGACUGGCAAGAUGUCUUUCAGUGCUGGGAAGAGGCAGGAUACACCAAGCGGUUCUUCUCAACUGUCUCUUCACCGGGAAGCGCCUUGGCACUACCUACUGCCUCACAGCAUUGGGAUGAAUUUUGUCAGAGGAGUCCCACAAGGCGGUGGAAGCCAACACAAACAAAUUCAGUGAGCUAUAACCACCAGCCUUUUCUGCCCUCCCGUGGUUAAAAGGAUUAUAAGGCUCUCUUUGUACACUACCGCAGUAACUAUUGCUAGCAGGCUGAUGUAGUGGCCUUUUAUUACACACUCUACGAGUGCCUCUAACAACUUGUGCUAUAUAGAACCUUCUCCA